UCGAAAUUUGUAACAAUUUCGAAACUUAUGGGCAGUUUAAAAUUAUAACAUUUAAAUGGUAUCUACCGUUAUAGUGUAAUUCCAUAAGUAGCUAGCCAAUAGGCGAUGCAACAUUAACUGGCUCGUAAAUUAUCUUUAGCUAGCUAGUAAAUGAGCUAACUGUAUACCGCAGGCAUCACAACACUUUAAAUGGUUUUUCUAAUCUAAGAUAGAGCUAUAACGCAGGUUUUCCUUCAAGUCAUUUCUGCUCUCUAUGGAACAGUGUGGUUUUCUCUGUUCUAGAAGGAGAGAACGCCGUGGCACCAUGGGUGUGUUAUCCACUCUGAUGAGGGGUCUGGUAAGAGGUGCGGACAGAAUGGCUGAGUUCACCAGCAAGCGUGGAUCAAGGACUCAUAAUAAAGGCAGGGGUGCAAGGCCCACGGGACUGAGGCUCUCCAGCAGAAAGUUUCUGUCCAUCAGGGCCAUGAUUCCUGAGUUUGUGGUGCCGAACCUGGAGGGAUUCAAACUCAAACCCUAUGUCUCAUAUCGCUCUCCUAGAGGAACAGAGCCUCCACUCACAGCACAGAGUGUGUUCUCUGAUGUGGUGGCCCCUCAGAUCCAGAAAGACUUUGAGGACGGCACUUUCAGCAAAGAACAGCUGGAGAAAUAUGGAUUUGAGCCCACACAGGAAGGGAAGCUCUUCAAGCUGUAUCCCAAGAACUAUGUGCGUUAAAGAUGCACUCACAGUGGAAUGGAUUCACAAGGAAAAGCAGAGACUACUGAUUCAUUGGAGACUGAAAACUACAGACCAACUGACAUGACACUUUCAGGCAACUCAUCACACAAGGGCCUGUUGUUUUAUGUUUAUAAAAUCAGUUUCCUACAAGUGGUUCACUUUUCUGUUUGAAAAAAUUAAAAACCUGAAAGGGGGCAUGAUCCAUGUGGCAGAAUUGUUCAUUCAUUGUAAAAAUCAGUUGAAAAGUUUGAGCUGUUCAUUUAAAACUAUUACUAAACCAAGGGUUCUCUUAUGUUUGUAGGUUCUUACAUUUGGGCUCAUAAUAAAUUAUUAAACAGAGAUGACUGUUCUGAG